UCUUUUAAAACACGACCGUUUACAAUGAGCCAAGUUUUAGGUAUAUACGUAUCUCUUGUGAUUGGUCGCCAGUAGUUUGAUUUUUUCAAAAAUGACGGGUUUUGACAUAUGGUGACAAAUGUCAGAUCCCCUCACCGAAACGAUGGAUUUGGACCAUAAAUACAGAGUUUGUAGAAAUAUUUGCUUCUUGCACACUAAUAUAUAACUAAAUGGUUAGAAGCAUGAUGUUUCAUUUCAAGAAAAAUAUCGUUUGAGAAAAAAGGAUGGAGUUCAUCUUAGGACAAGCUCUGUUCCUCCUCUUUUGCUUUAUCUUAUCAUGUUUUCUUAUCAUCUGUACAACAAGAUCAAGAAGGAAAUCUUUUGAGGCCGCAGCAACGCCUCCUGGACCUCCACGACUACCUAUCAUCGGAAACAUUCACCUUGUCGGUAAAAACCCACACCAUUCAUUUGCCAACCUCUCAAAAACUUAUGGACCAGUAAUGAGUCUUAAGUUUGGAAGCUUAAACACAGUAAUCAUAACUUCGCCAGAAGCUGCAAGAGAGGUUUUAAGAACACAUGACCAAGUCUUGUCUUGGCGCAGCUCCACUAACUCGAUACGUUCCAUCAAUCACCACGAGGUUUCCGUUGCCUGGCUCCCUCCGUCGGCUCGUUGGAGGCUGCUGAGGAAACUAUCGGUCACUCUACUGUUCUCUCCGCAGCGUAUCGAAGCCACAAAAGCCUUGAGGUUGAACAAAGUGAAGGAACUUGUGAACUUCAUGAAUGAAAGCAGCGAGAGAGAUGAACCUGUUGAUAUUUCUCGUGCAUCAUUCAUCACAGCUCUUAAUAUCAUAUCCAACAUUCUGUUUUCUGUCGAUCUCGGUAGCUACGACUUGAAAAAUUCCAAUGAGUUUCAGGAUGCGGUGAUCGGUGUCAUGGAAGCUAUCGGAAAUCCAGACGCUGCUAACUACUUUCCAUUUUUGGGGUUUCUUGACAUGCAAGGUAAUAGGAAGGCUAUGAAGGUUGCCUCAGAAAAGUUGUUUAGGGUUUUCCGUGAGUUCAUCGAUGCAAAAAUAGCAAAAAGAUCAUUAAGGAAUGACCGUGAAAAUGUAUCCACCCACGAUUUCGUGGAUGCGCUUCUCGACCUCACUAAAGAAGAUGAAGUAGAGCUCAACACUAACGACUUUGUACACCUUCUCUUGGACCUGUUUGGAGCGGGCACGGACACAAACUCUAGUACCGUGGAAUGGGCAAUGUCAGAGUUACUUCGAAGCCCUAAAACAAUGGCUAAAGCUCAAGCUGAGAUCAAUCGUGUGCUUGGUCAAAAAGGGUUUGUCGAAGAGUCUGAUAUCUCUGAACUGCCGUAUCUACAAGCAGUUGUGAAGGAAGUUUUCCGGUUACAUCCAGCUGCUCCCUUACUCGUCCCACGAAAAGCAGAAUCAGAUGUGGAGGUUCUAGGGUUCAUGGUGCCUAAAGACACUCAAGUUUUGGUGAACGUGUGGGCCAUAGGACGAGAUCCAAGCGUGUGGGAAAAUCCGACCCGGUUUGAGCCAGAAAGGUUUUUAGGUAAAGAGACUGAUGUUAGAGGUAGAGAUUAUGAGCUGACACCGUUUGGAGCCGGAAGAAGAAUCUGUCCAGGAUUGCCUUUGGCUGUGAAGAUAGUGCCUCUCAUGCUUGCUUCGCUUCUCUAUUCUUUUGACUGGAAGCUUCCAAACGGCGUCACUUCUGAGGACUUGGACAUGGACGAGACCUUUGGUCUCACAUUGCAUAAGACCAACCCGUUACAUGCCGUUCCCGUCAGGAAACACCAUUAAUUAGCCAUUGUAGUAUAUAUUUGUAAUCAAUCAAAGUAUCCUUACAACUCUGGACCAAAUAGGCCAGGAACUAAAACUCAAAGAAAAAGACACCGGUAGGCAUCUAUAGACUCAUCCCAUACACAUGUGGGUAAGAAAUAAAUACAAAAACCCAAAAAGGUUAUGAGAAUGUGAGAGCGAGAGAGUCCGACUCACGGUGAUGAGAGUCCACCUCUCCCAAGACAGAUAACCUCUCCAUCACAAAGAACCGAAAGCAGACCGCUGGAUCGCCAUUGUCACACUAUCUCAACACCGAAGGCCAAACUUCAAAGACCCAAGAUCAACUUGGAGAGAGAAAGAUUAACCGCUGCUUUGUAGGAGUUCUCAACAAUACAACGCAGAAGAUAGCCGGCCCACAGUUGACAGAGACCACCACAAACUGGAUACUGCAGAGGAACACAAAACUAGAUAUGGAAACAACCAGAGACCUCUCCCAAAGACUCGAAGUACACUCCCCAGAUCUGGCCGGACAACCAUCAUCAACGAGAAAAACUGAACAUUGUGAAAACGAGAGGAGUGGCUGGAGCAAACUAGAGACCAAUCCAGAAAAGGAGCCAACACACCUUCCUUGCUCUAGCAUAACACCGGAAACACAUGACACAUAAGAGAAAGAGGUCGAAGAGCCUCCCCCGGCGGUGGCGGAAGCCAAACCACCGGGGAGACUGUGGCAGAUCUGAGAACAAGGUCUUGGCGGCCGGCUGUUUAUAUAUAUUUCUUUUAUAUGUACGAAUACAGUUUCACGAACUGAAUAAGUUUGACCUUAUGGGUUACAUGUCAAGGUCUAUCAGUGAAUUUUUUUUUUUUAAAUGAUUGUCAAAUUUAUUCAAGGCAAUCUUUUUACAAUAAUUGUAAUUUUUUUUACCA